AUGCUAGAUAAGCAUAACAAACAUGUGGAUGCAUUACGAAACGUUCGAGAAAGGUUUGAUCCUAACGAUGAUACAAGCCGGUUAAGGAUAAUUUUAAAGUGUGACUGGAAAAGCGAUGGAAGGACUGAAAAUCUACCAGCUACUAAUGAAGUUGCUGCAUUGAUACCUAAUGAUUUCAAUGGUGAGGUAGAUGCACGUGAUAUCAUCAUCGAGUGUAAAAAGACUGGGAAUCUCAAAAGGAUCAGUGAACUACAUCCUGCGUAUCUGCCUUUGCAAUAUCCAUUAUUGUUUCCCUAUGGUGAGGACGGAUUCAGACUUGGUAUCGAUAUUGGUUUUGUAGAUACUCAAGGAAGGAAAAGGUUGCAAAUUACUAUGAGAGAAUUUUUUGCUUACCGCAUACAAGAGAGGGUUGGUGAGUCACCAAUCAUCCCUUUAUCUGGAAGAUUGUUCCAGCAGUUUUUAGUGGAUGCGUACAUGAUGAUUGAGACUAAUAGACUACGUUUCAUAUCAAUGAAUCAGUCUAAACUUCGUUGCGAAAAUUAUGAUAAAAUAAAGAAAACUGUUGAUGGAGGUGACACUGAUCUUUCUGACAAGGGUAAACGUAUUAUUAUACCUUCUUCUUAUACUGGUGGUACAAGGUAUAUGGUGCAACACUAUCUAGAUGUGAUGACUACUUGCCAGCAUUUUGGUUUUCCAGAUCUUUUCAUAACCUUUACGUGUAAUCCCAAAUGGCCUGAGAUUACCAGGCACCUGAAAAGACAUAACUUGAAGCAAGAGGAUAGACCAGAUAUAUGUACGCGAGUGUUCAAGAUGAAACUAGAUGAUCUCAUGCACAGGCUCACCAAAGAAAAUGUGUUAGGUGUCGUAAAAGCCACGAUCUACACGAUUGAGUUUCAAAAACGGGGGCUACCUCAUGCACACAUCGUUCUUUUUUUAGAAGCUGGUCACAAGCUACCAACUGGUGAUGACAUUGAUAAGAUAAUAUGUGCUGAGAUUUCUGACAAGGAUAUUGAUCCAGCGCUGUAUGAGAUAGUAGGAGAUGUUAUGAUGCAUGGUCCAUGUGGUGCUUUGAAUAAGGAUAGUGUUUGCAUGGCUGAAGGAAAAUAUACAAAGUAUUUUCCAAAACCUUACAGUCCGAUCACUAAAAUAGAUGAUGUUGGAUAUCCUAUAUACAGGCGACGUAAUGACAAGAAAGUUAUCGUUAAAAAAGGUAUUGAAUGUGAUAAUGGAUUUGUGGUUCCUUAUAAUAGGAGUCUCACAUUGCUUUAUAGGGCUCAUAUCAACGUCGAAUGGUAUGUAGCACCUUCAGAGUCUACGUGGAGAAUUUUCCGUAAUCCUACUCACCAUCGCACGGUUUCUGUAGUUAAACUACCCUUUCAUUUACCGAAUCAGCAAAUAGUCAUAUACAACAAGGAUGAUCCAGGUGACGAGGUUAUUAAUCGUGUCUCAGUUGGUACGUCAAAAUUCAUUGCUUGGAUGGAGUGCAAUGAUAUGUAUGAAUUGGCGAGGACGUUAACUUAUGCGCAAUUUCCUACGAGAUUUGUGUGGAAUAACACAAAGAGAAUAUGGACGCCACGAUCAAGGAGAGUUGCUCUUGGUAGAAUCACGUACGUACCCAUUGGGGCAGGUGAAGCGUAUUAUUUAAGGCUUCUGCUUAAUUUGGUCAAAGGACCACGUAGUUUUGAUGAUAUAAAAACGGUCAACAAAGUUCUACAUUCUUCGUUCAAAGACGCUUGCUAUGCGUAUGGAUUAUUGAAUGAUGACAAAGAAUAUAUUGAGGCCAUCAAUGAGGGCGGCUUGUGGCUUUCUGCCAAUUAUCUCCGUCGUCUUUUUGUGAUUCUGCUCACUACUCAAAGUAUAUCCAUUCCUUCUAGAGUUUGGGAUGCUACGUGGCAGGUAUUAUCAGAUGACAUCAUAUAUAAUUACAGAAAAGCUGCCAGGGAUCAAACUGUUAGUCUAUCUCAGGAGCAAGUUAAAGACUUUACUCUGGUCGAAAUAGAACUUCUUUUACGUGUAAGUGGGAGAUCCUUAAAAGAAUUCACACCUAUGCCGUUUCCUGAAGAUAUUACUCUGGAGUCACGUGAUAAUCCUCUUAUUCGGGAUGGGAGGAAUUACAAUCGUGAAACUCUUAGAGUAAGAAACGAGCAGAUGUUAGCCACUGUAACAAGUGAACAGAGAAGUGUUUAUGAUGAGAUACUAGAAGCAGUAAAUAAGAACAAAGGAGGUAUGUUCUUUGUUUAUGGUUCUGGAGGUACUGGUAAAACUUAUUUGUGGAGUCUAUUAGGAUCUGCUCUACGUUCCCAAGGUGAUGUUGUUCUCAAGGUUGCAUCGAGCGGGAUUGCUGCGUUGUUAUUAGAAGGAGGCCGAACUGCGCAUUCAAGAUUUGCAAUCCCUAUUGUGGUUAAUAAGUUUACCUUCUGUUCAAUCAAGAAGGAGUCGAAUCUUGCCGACCUGAUAAGGAUUGCUAAACUCAUUAUAUGGGACGAGGCGUUGAUGAUGAGUAAAGACUGUUUCGAGACUCUAGAUAGAACGAUGCGUGAUAUAUUAGAAGUCGAUAAGCCCUUUGGUGAUAAGGUCAUUGUUUUAGGAGGGGAUUUUAGGAAAAUAUUGCCAGUGAUUCCAAAUGCCGGGAAGACAGAGAUACUUAUGGCCACUUUGAAUUCGUCACCUCUGUGGCACAAAUGUAGAGUGUUGAGACUUACACAGAACAUGCGACUUAUAUCUGGAGAUAAUAGCCGUGCGAUGCUUGAACGAGCUGCCUUUACAAAGUGGAUAUUAGACAUUGGUGAUGGUACGAUAAAUGACGAUGGUAGUGGUGAAGCCGUGAUUGAAAUUCCUGAUGAUCUGUUGAUUAAAGACUGUAAAGAUCCUAUAAAAACGAUCGUCAAAGAAGUUUAUGGGAGUUCGUUUUCGAAAAAGACUGAUCCUAAAUUUUUCCAAGACCGUGCCAUACUGAGUCCAAGAAACGAUGAUGUAGAUACGAUAAAUGAUUAUAUGCUUUCAAAGUUAUCGGGUGUUGAAAGGACCUAUCUUAGCUGUGAUAGCAUUGAUACGACUGAAGAAGUUGUCAAUUACAAUGAUGCAUCUGAAGUACCCUCAGAGAGUGUAGCCAGUAAGAAUAAAGGUGAUUCCAACAACAUGAUUUAUACCGAGGAGUUUUUAAAUAGUAUCAAGAUGUCUGGUUUCCCUAAUCAUGUCCUGAAGUUGAAAGAGGGUACUCCUGUAAUGCUUCUAAGAAAUAUCGACCCUAAGAAUGGGUUGUGUAAUGGCACAAGACUCAUCAUUAUUAAGAUAGCUAAUUAUGUUCUCCAGGCUCAGAUAAUAACAGGUAGCAAGGUUGGUGAAAAGGUACUGAUUCCUAGGAUAUUCCUCUCUCCUUCGGAGAUGAAACUUCCUUUCAGGAUGAGACGCAAGCAGUCUCCUAUCACAUUAGCUUUUGCAAUGACUACAAACAAAAGCCAAGGACAGACACUCGAAAAGGUUGGUUUGUAUCUUCCAAGACCGGUUUUUACUCAUGGGCAACUCUAUGUCGCUGUAUCGAGGGUUACAUCAAGAGAAGGUCUGAAGAUAUUGAUCACCGAUAAAGACAACAAACCACAAAACAAAACAUUGAAUGUCGUCUACAAGGAGGUUUUUGACAAGAUAUGA